UUUAGCUAAUACCAAUAAAAUGAAUAGGAUGAAUGCAGCGGCUAGUACAACAGCUGCAACAACAACAACAACAACUCCAACAUUUAGCGCAUUAUUAACUGAAAGUAGAAAUUUAUUAUUAAAACAACAAUUGCGUUUGCAAUUGAAUUUAAAUGUAAACGAUAUGAUGAAUAGUUAUCAAGUGACAAAUAAACGGCAGCAGCAACAACGACGUCGAGAUGUUCAUGAUAGUGACAUUUGUUUUGAUAUUAAUAAACGUAGCGUUGUAAGAGCUGAACGAAAUGAUGAUGACCGAGAUGCCGACGAUGUAGUAAGAAACGCUUCCACAGUGUUUCAAAGACAUGUGGAAGUACUUAACAAAUUAGAUACCGUCACAACAGUGCCUAAACUACAACAACAACAACUUAAUAAAUUUAAUAUUAAAACAAAUGAAACAGAUACUACAAGUAUAGUAGCACAAACCAAUAACAUAACAUCGGUAGAACCAUCAGUAACUACAUCAACAAUAACUGCAACAACAUAUUCGUCAUUAAUACAUUCAUCAAACACGGCAUUAGCUAAAUUCAAUCGAAUUAUUGACAAUACCAUGCCGGCUACAAAUAUUUAUUAUCAACAACAAGCGGCUGCUGACACCGUAUUUAAAGCACAACAGCAGCAACAACAACAGCAGAUGCCAUUUCUAAGUGAUAGCUUAAGAAGACGCUUGGCUCAACAAUAUCCCGACAUGAUCGCGAAUAGUUCGAAAAUUAAUUUAACCGCAACUACAUUAGCAACAACCGCGUCACUAACGACAACAUCUGCAGCGGCAGUAGCAGCCGCCGCAGAUGAGUUGCAAUUGAAACGAAAUGAUGUUCAUUAUUUGUUGAAACAAUUAAAUAGUUUUAGUGAUAUUGAAGAAAUAGAAAUUGUUGAUAUGAAGCAAAAACAGCGUCAGCAACAACUUUUAAAUAAACAACAGCAAAAGCAGCAAGAGCAACCAGAAGAUCUUGGUGCACAUGUAGCUGAGCAGGAGCCCUUAAUACAACAAAUUUGUAAAGAUAUAUAUAGACAAGAUUUUUUGGCGGCUCCAUUAACUCAGUUACAUGUGUCCGGCGAGAGAAUGCAACCAUCACCGACAUCAACAACUUCACUUGUGUUAUACUCCCCUUCUUCACAAUCGCACAAGGGCAUACGUCGCUAUGCAUCGCUGCAUCAACAAGACGAAUUCCCACAUCAUAAUCACCAUCAUCAUAACUAUCAUCAUCAUCUCCACCAUCAUCAUUCUUCUGCAAACAGAACUCAUCCCUCAUCAUUUUGUCAACUGCCACAUGAGCAUUCGGCUGAUUCUUGCAUAUGUACUAUGCGAACCGAUACUCAAAUGUUGCAACAAUUUGUGGAUGAUUAUAUAUUUCAAUCCUGCCACUAUUUGGAGACGAAUAAUUUUGCCGCCAAUUAUCGCACUGCCAUGGUCGAGAGUUCGUCACAUGAAUUUCGACCUUCGACGACCACCACUACACGCACUUCGACCACCAAUGGCGAGGGUUACGAUGAGGAUGGUGGACUGGCGGGGGCCUAUAACGAAGACGCCUCAUCAGCUCAAUCGUUUGAAUUACAUGAAACCGAACCGCCCAGCGUGAUUUGUAAAGCGCCCGCACCCUGUUCGCCUGUCUACCCGCAACGAAAGCAAUAUACGAUGGAAACACGCUUAUGCAGCAGUGGCGUACAGACUGAUUUAACGGCUUCAUCUUUGGCUCAAAGCAGCAGUAUGAGUUGCUCAACUACGUCAUCGGAGCGACGAGCGCGACGUAAGCCCUUGUUCAAAUGUUGCUAUACGCCGUUAGAUAGAUGGCGUGAGAAACGUUCUAACGCAACCACCAUUGCCGUCUCUUCUUCCUCCUCGCCAACAACACAAAAACGCACAAAGACCGCCCCGUCGCCUACCGUUCUAGACACAAGUGUUGCUGUCGUCGGUAGCAAAGGUGCUGGUGCUGCAACCUUCGUAUUGACAACAACGGCGGCGGUGACCACGGCAACAACGAUUACUACAACGGCAUUUGUUCACGCCAAAAAUCAUGGCCAUGCAGUUUGACAAAUGCCUUUGAAGCAACACAACAUUUUCGGUUGUUGCUUGCUUUUCACCCAUACAACCACCACCACUACUAGUACUAUUAUUACUAUCACCCACAGACACCAUAGCAUUGCUAUUUUAAUAGCAGUAAUCACACAAUUCAGUAGACGUUCAUUUUUAUAUGAAAACACCGCGUCGCCACAUAAUUUUGCAGCUCAGCUGUCGCUGCCUUAUAUUAACAUAAUUUGUUUUAUUUUUUGCGAUAUCAACAAUUUUGCUAUUUCCCCACAUUCGCCACAAAGCCCAGCAUUUUUCAAAUUCUGCAAUCGUUUCUAAAUCUAAUUCUUUCCAAUAGAUUUUUUCAAGUAUUUAAGAAGAUAACAUUUUUAUAAAGAAAUGCGAAUGAAACCUAAAAAAUUGUAUAAAAGAUAUUGAUAAAAAUAUAAGGAAUGUUGUUAAUAUUACUCUGGAGCAAGAUUGCUGAACGAAGAGAUGCAGAAAAGUGAAAUUAUAACAAAAACAACGAAAAGUUGUUUUAACACACAUACACUACCUAAUAUUUUUGUUUGUGUUUU